AUGCCUCUGCUCACUGUAUGUGGUAUCGUGUGUAUGGGUAUGGGGCUCCUGUCAGCUGUGCGAUUGUGACUCCAGAGCUCUGUCCCUAGGAAACCUCUGUGAGGUUUGGUCGGGUUAUAGCCCUGGACGGCAGGGACCUCAGCUUUUCCCUGAGACACUGGGAUUGGGCAGAAUGCCCAAUUCUCCUCUGAUCUUCGUUCCCUGUAUGUAAUGGGGGCUGGGAGCCGGCUGACAGCUGACCUCUGACCCGACCAGUUUGAGCAACAAGAAAAACCUGGUGUCUCACAAUUACUUUCUUUUCUUCCAGUUCCACCCUUCUCCAGGUCAGGCGCAGAAGAGAAGGAAAGAAUGCAUGAUGAAUUUCUGCAAGCACUGUCCAAGGGGUCAAUGAUGUUCAGGGAUGUGUCUGUAAACUUCUCUCAGGAGGAAUGGGAAUGCCUGGACUCUGGUCAGAUGAAUUUAUACAAAGAAGUGAUGUUGGAGAAUUUCAGCAACCUGGUUUCAGUUGGAAUGGUUUGAGUUGGAAUAGAAUGGAAGAGUUGGAAAUGGGCAGCUCCAGUGGGCUGCACUGAAGCUUCAUCUGCCUCUGCUCCUUCCUGUAGUGGCAGCUCUUGAUCACCAAGGGACUGAAUCUGAUUUCUGGGACACCAACAGCAUAACCAUGUCCCAUGUCUUUUCUUGUGAUCAGGACUGUCCAAUUCUAAGCCAGCUGUGAUCUCCUUAUUGGAACAAGGGAAAGAGCCCUGGAUGGUUGACAGAGAGCUGACAAGAGGCCUUUGUUCAGAUCUGGAAUCAGUGUGUGAGACCAAGAUAUUAUCUCUAAAGAAGAGACAUUUUAGUCAAGUAAUAUUUACCCAUGAAGACAUGCCCACUUUUAUUCAGUCUACAUUUCUUGUUCCACAUCAAAAAACUAUUAAUGAAGAGAAACCCUGUGAAUGUAAAAUAUGUGGAAAGGCAUUUAAUCAGAACUCACAAUUUAUUCAACAUCAGAGAAUCCAUUCUGCUGAAAAACUCUAUGAAUGUAAGGAGUGUGGGAAAUCCUUCAGUCGUGGCUCACUUGUUAUUCGACAUCAGAGGAUUCACACUGGUGAAAAACCAUAUGAAUGUAAGGAAUGCGGCAAGGCUUUUAGCUGUAGUUCUUACUUUUCUCAACAUCAGAGGAUUCACACUGGUGAGAAACCCUAUGAAUGUAAGGAAUGUGGAAAAUCCUUUAAUUAUUGCUCAAACCUUAAUGAUCAUCAAAGAAUUCACACUGGUGAGAAACCCUAUGAAUGUAAAGUAUGUGGAAAAGCCUUUACUAAGAGUUCACAACUUUUUCCACAUCUGAGAAUUCAUACUGGUGAGAAACCUUAUGAAUGUAAGGAAUGUGGGAAAGCCUUUACUCAACAUUCAAGGCUUAUACAACAUCAGAGAAUGCACACUGGUGAGAAACCUUAUGAAUGUAAGGAGUGUGGGAAGGCCUUUAGUAGUGCCUCUACACUUACUAACCAUCACAGAAUUCAUGCUGGCAAGAAACUCUAUGAAUGUAAAGAAUGUGGAAAGGCCUUUAUUCAGAGCUCAGAACUUAUUCAACAUCAGAGAAUCCAUACAGAUGAAAAACCAUAUGAAUGUAAUGAAUGUGGGAAGGCAUUUAAUAAAGGCUCAAAUCUUACUAGACAUCAAAGAAUUCACACUGGUGAGAAACCCUAUGACUGUAACGAAUGUGGAAAGGCCUUUGGUAGUCGCUCUGAUCUUAUUCGCCAUGAAGGAAUUCAUACUGGAUGAAUGAUAGGCCCAUGUGAUUACCUUUAUAAUAAUAUUUUUAAAAGCAGGUAAUGUAAAAAACAAACAAACAAAAAACCCAUACAACCCCAGAUAAUGCAUGACUGAAGGUUCCUUGUGUAGUAGAUUUCUAGGGCUACUGUGACAAAGUACCAAGUACCACAAAACUGGGUGGCUUAAAACUACAGAAAUUUAUUCUUUCACAGUUUUGGAGCCUUGAAAUCCAAAAUCAAAGUUGUAGGCAGGUUCCUUCCUGGGACUCUGAAGGAGAAUCUGUUCCAUGCUCUUCUCCUGGCUUCUGGUAACAGCCAGCAAUCUUUGACAUUCCUUGGCCUGUAGAUACCUCACUCUAGUCUCGGCCUCCAUCUUCACAGUGCAUUCUCCCUGUGUAUCUGUAUCUCUUCUCCUCUUCUUAUAUGGACACCAGUCAUACUGGAUUAGGGCUCACCCUAAUGACCUUACCUUAACUUAAUUACAUCUGCAAAGACCUUAUUUCCAUGUAAGAUCACAUUCACAGGUACCAGGAGUUAGGACUUCAACAUAGUUCAACCCAUAACACUGUUAACAUUGUUUUUUUAAUGUAUUUGCAAUUUUUACAUAACUUGUUAAUCACAUGUAUUUUAAAAUGUGAAUUCAGGGUCUAAAUUAAACCUCCCUUCC